AUGGCUUCACGAUAUGAUUGUUAUGCCCUCGAGCAUUUCAUGAGGCUGUUACUCAUGUUUCAGGCUAUUCUGGGGUGGUUCCCGCUCGUCAAUGCUUCGGCAGGUCUUCCUGGAGCUUCAGCCUAUGUCGCUGCCGCCGGGUUUCCCACUUCGGCGUUCUCUUCCUACUAUGAAUCCCCGGCUCUGCCGACCAGACAGCCUCAACCUAUCAUUUAUGAUCCAGUGCUCGAUAUCACCUUCCCUUAUGAGCUGACAACCCCCGAUAUCAUCCCUGAAAGCUCAGACGAGGUUUAUUUCCCGGUUCCAAAGAAAAGGUUGACUUGGGAGGAGAAAGAUGAGUUGAUCGAUGCCGUUGUCACUAACGUGACUGCGAUCAUCAAAUCAACUGAAAAGAGCAGCACUUGCUCUAAAUGCAAGGAGGCACUGGGCUCCGCCAAGCUUGCGGCAUCGUAUGCUCCUCUCCUGGUACCAGAUGCCAUGACCAGUUUGUGCAAAACCUUCGAGUUUUACACGAAUGAGACUUGUGAUGAGAACUUCCUGGAUCAAGCUUUCGGUGCAAUUUGGACCCAGGUACUCGCUCUUGCCGAUGUGUCAGGCCAGGAUGGUGACUACAUCUGCCAUACGCUCAAGAGCGACUUUUGUCCUGAGCCCCCACCUCGUCCAUUGGAUACAUCCGAGCUGUUCCCUAAGCCCAGGCCCGAUCAUGUUCAAGUUCCCGAGGCAAGUGGCACGCGUUUGAAAGUGCUUCACAUGUCCGACUUCCAUCUGGAUCCUCGAUAUGCAGUCAGCGCGGAAGCAAACUGCACUUCUGGGUUGUGCUGUCGUUCGGACAACUUCAAUACUCAGUCAAAUCAGAGCGAUGCUCUUCUUCCUGCUUCGCCUUAUGGGUACUUCCUAUGCGAUACCCCGUACGAUCUGGCCUUGGCAGCUUUGCAGGCUGUUGGUCCCCUGACCGGUACUAGCAAGGGUGCUUGUGGUGGAUCACUGGCAUGGACUAUUUACACUGGCGAUCUUGCCUCGCACGACCCCGAGCUUCAGAUGUCCCGAGACUACAUUGAAUACGCAGAGACCAGUGUUUUUGACCUGCUCAAGCAAUAUCUCUCGGGGCCCGUUUUCUGUGCGUUGGGGAAUCAUGACUCUAGUCCUGCAAGUAUUGAUGCCCCACACAGAUUUCCUGGGCGAUUGGGUGAACAGAUGAGUUGGAAUUUCAACCACUUGUCUGCCUUGUGGCAACAUGAGGGUUGGAUCAGUCGCGAGACUGCAGAGGAAGCACGAACGCACUAUGGAGGUUACUCAGUCAAGACCCACCAUGGACUCCGCAUCAUUGCCUUCAACACCGACUUCUGGUACAAGAAAAACUUUCUGAACCUGGUCAACACUACCGAGCCCGACAACUCAGGCGUCUUCUCAUGGAUGAUCGAAGAGCUCCAGAAGGCCGAGGACCGUAGUGAGCGAGUCUGGCUCGUCGGUCAUGUCCCUAGUGGCUGGGACGGUUACAACCCGCUGCCCGAUCCUACUAACCUCUUCUAUCAGAUCGUGGGCCGGUACUCGCCGCAUGUGAUUGCCGAAAUCUUCUUCGGUCACAAUCACGAGGACCAAUUUAUGAUCUAUUAUGCAAACAACGGCACAGUCCAGAAUGCAGAGACUGCUCUCGUGACCGGAUGGGUCGGUCCCAGUAUAACACCUCUCACGAAUGUGAACAGCGCAUUCCGGAUGUAUGAGGUUGACUCGGGCAACUUCAACGUCUACGAAGCAUAUACGUUCUUCAGCAACGUGUCUGAGUAUUCCGGUCUCCGCGACAAUGGGCCCACUUUCCAGCUUGAGUACUCUACUCGUGAGACUUAUGGGCCGGCUGCUGGAUGGGACAAGGAUGAUCCUUUGAACGCGACUUUCUGGCACCGUGUGACCGAGGCAAUGGAGAAAGAUCGAGAGCUCGUCACUUUGCAGAAUCAUCUGCAGGGUAGGAAAAGUGUGAAGUCUCCCAUCUGCGAUACGGCCGAAUGUCAGAAGGCCAAGAUCUGCUACAUGCGCAGUGGCAGUACUGCAUUGGGCUAUCAGUGUCCUCAAGGGUAUGGUUCUGUCCAGAGCCCUUUCAAGAAGCACUGA